AUGGCCGGCUCGUAUCAGUACGACACGACUGGACAGUCGUACUUCUUCCUCCUGACGGUGCUCCUCCUCAUCCUCCUCCCCUUCACCUAUUCGACCCUGUUCGGCGGUGCGGAACGCGCAGCUUCACGAGUCAAGGCGCCAUGCACAGGGUGGAACCGCAAGGCGGCUGAGGUCAGGCGGGCUGGCAGCUCGAAGGGUGCAUUCAACUUGAGAAAUGCGCUGCUCGCUACCGGAUGGCUCGCCUUUGCCGUCGUUGUCCAGCGGGCGCGAAGUAUCGAGGGCGAGGGUGUGCAGUUUGAUCCGUUUGCGAUCCUGGGCGUCUCUGCGGGUGCGACCGAGAAGCAGAUCAAGAAGCACUACCGCAAGCUUUCCUUGAAGUUCCACCCGGACAAGAUGGUGUUGGCGGCCAACCAGACCAAGGAGGAGGCAGACAGCCACUUCGUCGAGUUGACAAAGGCCUACAAGGCAUUGACCGACGAAGUCAGCCGUCGCAACUACGAGCUCUACGGUCACCCGGACGGCAAGCAGGAAUUGAGCGCCGGCAUCGCGCUUCCCGCCUGGAUCGUCGAGGGCAAGAACUCGCCUCUCGUCAUCGGCGCGUACGCCAUCCUUCUCGGUGUUGUCCUCCCGGUCCUUGUUGGUCGCUGGUGGUACGGCACUCGCAAGCUGACCAAGGACGGCGUCCUCAACUCGACGGCAGCCAAGUACUUCCACGCGCUCAAGGAGGAGACGACUUUCCCCCAGCUCCUCGACAUCCUCGCUUCCUCGGACGAAUUCGCUACCGACCCCGCUCUCCUCUCGCUUCGCAAGUCGCUAGGCAAAGCCGCAGUCGACGAGUACGCUCGUCUGGUCUCGACUGUCCGCGAGGGCAUCGAUGGAAAGCAGGGAUGGGAGGGUUACGCGAGCUGGACACCGGCGAAGAAGCGCGCAAGGGUCUUCAUCGCCGCAUACAUGCUCAGGCUUCCGAACAAGGACGCGAAGCUUCUCAAAGAGAAGCAUCUCACCGCCUCAAUCGCCCUUCCUCUCUGCUCCGGCCUCGCCUCCAUCGCCCUCGCGCACAACUGGCUCUCCACCUACAUCGCCAUCCUCCACCUCCAGCAGUUCCUCCUCCAAGCCGUCCACCCUUCUUCGUCCCAGCUCCUCCAGCUCCCGCACCUCACGCCCGACAUCGCUGCUGAGGCAGAGAAGCGCGGCAUCUCGACUGUUGCGCAGUUCGGCCAGCUCAAGGUCGACGAGAUCGAGAAGCUGCUCGCGAGCAAGCCGGAGGCGGAGAAGAGGGACAUCUACGAGGUUGCGAAGCAUUGGCCAGUGAUCGAGUUUGUCGACGCCAAGUUCCAGGUUACUGGCGAAAAGGUGGUCACGCCCGGCGCCGUCGUUUCCUUCACGCUCAAGCUUCGCCUCAGCCCGCCCGGACAGGCUGCAAGCAAGCCGAAAGUUACCCUCGAGAAGGAGACGAGCGACGUCGAGGAGGGCGAGGAGCAGUCGGUAGACGAGUUGAUCGGCAGGAGGAGCGCCGAGGCGGAUGGCGUCGUCCCUACCCCGCUCGCUCACGCGCCGCACUUCCCGAAGGACCGCAAGCCUUCGUGGUACAUCUUCGUUGGCGACCAUAAGCUCAACAGGGUCUUUGUCGCGCCGCACCGGUUCACCGACAUCGGCGAAGACGUUGUCCGCACCGUCCGCAUGUCCUUCCAGGCUCCGCCCGGCCCCGGCCUGUACACCUUCCAGGUCUACGUCACGAGCGACUCGUUCGUCGGUGCGGAUGCGCAGAAGGACAUGCGGAUGCAGGUCGAGCCGCCGCAGGAGGAGGAAGAGGAGGACAUUGAGGACGACAUCUCGGAGCCGGACGAGGACACGAUCGCGGGUCAGAUGGCGCUGCUCAAGGGUCAGUCGGUGAAGCGGAGUGGCGGGUCGGACGACGAGGGCGACAGCGACGAGGACUCGGACGAGAGCGACUCGGAGACGAGCAGCAGCAGCGAUUCCGACUCGGACAGCGACAGCGACUGA